AUGUCUAGUCAGGACUACUACUACAAUAAUCCCAACUACAACAACAAUCAGUAUCCUGAGCAGCACGGUUACAAUAACGCUGGCGACCAAGGUUAUCAGCAAUGGCAAUCUCCAUCUGGGCCUCCUCAUGGAUACGGUGACCAGUCGUACAAUCAAGGCUACGAGCAGAACAGACCAUAUGACUAUGCGUCUCCGCCGCCACAAGACUACCAGCAGCCAUACGGUCAUCACGGAGGUUACCAAGGCCCGAAUGACCAUUAUUCCGAUCACGCAAACCAAUAUACUUCCCCUCCACCCGAACAUUCGUAUCAUCAAUCCAAUUAUCCCACUCAAACCCCUGACUACGGGUAUGGCGACCAGGCUCAACGUGGCCACUCACCUCAUCCACCUCCUUACCAAAGUCAAUAUGACACUUUUACGCCGCCGCCAGGCCCACCACAAUCUCACAUGGGCGAUGCUUACCCUCCACAACACGGCGCCCCGCUUGACCCCAAUGCUCCAGUCUCUCAGGAUCGCGGCCUCAUGGGCGCUGUAGCUGGGGGUGCUCUGGGUGCAUACGGUGGCCAUAAAGUAAAUCAUGGGUUCCUCGGGGCGGUAGGAGGUGCUAUAGCUGGCUCUCUGGCGGAGGAUGCCCUCAAAAAGCACAAGAAGGAGAAGAAGAACAAAGCCGACCGCCCUGCAGGGCUCCGUCGGGACUCUUCGUCGUCUAGCUCGUCCUCCUCGAGCAGCAGUUCAUCGGACGACGAGAAGAAGAAAAAGAAGAAAUACGGCGUGGCUGCCGCUGGCGUGGCGGGCACUGCUGCGUAUGGGAUGAACCAACAUUCAAAACAUCAGCAAGGCCAAAGGUCAGCAGCGCCAAUGCAUGGCAACUUCUCUUCUUCUUCGAACAGCAUCACGCUGGACAGGGACUACGACCUCAUCGCCUCCUGCACCAACGUCCAUGGCGAGCACAAGCUGUCCUCCAUCUCGCUGAACGACUGCCUGACCAAUUCACAUGGUCAUUUUGCGUGGUAUCGAGGAGGCAACUUCGGGGCCAGCGCACGAAAUGUCAGGUUGAUUGAGAACGGCAGAGUUCUGGAGGCUGAACUGGGUACCGGGGACGGCAGAUGGAACAGGGACUGGAUUCACCUGGACGAGCGCAUAAGCAACAACGACGGAGAGCUGAUAUUUCUCAACUAG